UGUAGGUGAAAAAGCUCAUAUUGACUCCAGCACAAUCCGUAUCAACUUUACCUCAGUUCUCUUAUUGCACGGUCCUCUAACUCUUCAUCAUGGUUGAUGCCUUCUGUGCCACCUGGAAACUGGUCGACAGUGACAACUUCGAUGAGUACAUGAAAGCACUUGGUGAGUUUUCAUGACUUUACAAUUAUAACCUAAUAAUAAGAAAAGUUAGUUAUUACCUGUAGAUUUGUUCAAUGACAUAAUGUACAGUAGUUCGCGUCAGGUGAUUCGUUUUGCAUGAUCCCACGUCUCAUUGCCUUUUUAAAUUACUUUCACAGGUGUUGGUUUUGCAACAAGGCAGGUCGGAAAUGUGACCAAACCAACCGUUAUCAUCGCAAAAGAGGGGGACAAUGUGGUCGUAAAAACCCAGAGUACUUUCAAGAACACUGAAAUAUCCUUCAAACUGGGAGAGGAGUUUGAUGAAGCCACUGCAGAUGACAGAAACUGUAAAGUAAGUGCUACAGUAUGGGAUUUAUGGAACAAAAUAAAAUAAAAGGGAUAUAUGCACUUGAAUAUAGGCUUUGUCAGUUAGAAAAGGUCUUAUAUAUUUCACUGGGUUUGAGGAGCCUGUUACAGAGCCCAGUCCGAAGUUUUCAUUUAUUUUUUCCAGCGUUUAAUAAUGCAUUGACUAACAUGUUACUUGACCAAUUUCAUUGAAUUUGUUUACAUUUAGCCACAUUAUGAACAUCAUACAUUUUGGUCCAAAAUUACUUUAAUACAAAUAUAGGCUAUUUGUAAGAGUAAUAUGAUCUGGAUUAUGUUUUGGAUGUUGUAUGGAAACAUUGGAACUUUGGAAGUAUUGCUUCUAUUUCUUGAUAGAAGGUACAAUAAUAUAUUGUAACUAUAUUUAACUUGAUGUUGAGAGCAAUAGUCUGACCUAUUUGUCCCAUCUGGUUGCAGUCCACUGUGAGCUUGGAUGGAGAUAAGCUUGUUCACGUUCAGAAGUGGGAUGGCAAGGAGACCAAGUUUGUGAGAGAAAUCAAGGAUGGAAAAUUGGUCAUGGUAAGAGCCUUCCUAAAUGUAUUCUGUUAGAAUUAGAAUUCCUGGGUAAUAUGGAUGUUGAAACAAGGCGAUGGGGAAGCAAGGCUACGCCAGUACUAGUACUAGUACUGUCGGAGAGGGUAUUUAUAUGCUGAAAGCCUUUAUGCUGAAGCUGGUACUGCUGAGCAUAGUAGCAUAGUUCUCAGUGUAGAGAUAUGUGCAAAUAAGUAAAGAAAAUGUGCAUGGUCCUCAUCAGUUUAACAUUAUGACUCUAGUUUUACAUUUCCCACAAAUUGUAGGAGUGACCUCUAAUAGUCCAUAUUAUGCAAUUAUAUGUUCCGGUCUGACCUGAUGAGAUAUAGGAACUGGACUCUUAUUUUAAGAGUCCAACAAGCAAUAUCUUACUUUUAAUGAUUAUGACUGUUAUUUAUACUGUAUUUCAUGUUUGAUGUCCUCAUUGCACAGUGAUUUAUUUGUUAUUUUGUCUCAUUCACAGACUCUCACAUUUGAAGACAUUGUGGCAGUGCGUACCUAUGAGAAGGCAUGAGCUGGGAGACAUCACUAGUUAAAUCAUUUGAGUCCAUUUUACUGGACUACAGCCAAUAAGUGUUUUUUUUUUUUUACUGUAUGCUGACCUUUGCACUUCAUCCUUCCAAAUGUUUUACAACAUGGGCUGGAAGUCUUUUUUGUAAGACAUUUUUAUAUACAUUUCUUUCGUGAUAGCUCAUCUGUUGUAAACCUGUGUGAAACAAACUCAAAUAAAAAAACAUGCACUCAAAAACAAAAA